AAACGUGAAGCAAUUAAUUAAGCAGAAUCGUUGACAGCGAAACCAACCAACCAACCAACAAAGAAAGAAGGAUUAAGCAUAUAUUCAUCAGAAAGAUUAAGCAUAAUCAUCAGAAAAAUGGCAUGCAAUGGAUUCUGCCUCAGACUCAUUGCUUUAGUUCUUGUGAUUAGCAUAUCAAGUGUUAAUUGCAUAGAAACUGAUGCAGUUGAACCCAUUAUUGAUAUUGCUUCGCUGAAUCGAGAUAGUUUCCCACCAGACUUCAUCUUUGGGGCUGGGUCGUCAUCAUACCAGUUUGAAGGUGCAGCAAAUGAGGGUGGUAGGGGACUAAGUAUAUGGGAUACCUUCACCCAUAAAUAUCCAGAAAAGAUACAGGACAAAAGCAAUGGAGAUGUUGCCAUUGAUGCUUAUCAUCGUUACAAGGAAGAUGUUAAGAUUGUGAAGGAUAUGAACUUGGAUUCAUAUAGAUUCUCGAUUUCUUGGUCCAGAAUACUACCAAAAGGAAAACUAAGUAGAGGUAUAAAUCAAGAAGGAAUAGACUAUUACAACAAUCUCAUCAACGAACUAGUGGCUAAUGGUAUACAACCAUUGGUAACGCUUUUUCAUUGGGAUCUUCCUCAAUCUUUAGAAGAUGAAUAUGGUGGCUUCUUAAGUCCUCGCAUAGUUAAAGAUUUUCGAGAUUACGCGGAACUUUGCUUCAAGGAAUUUGGAGAUAGAGUUAAGUAUUGGGUUACUUUAAACGAGCCAUGGAGUUAUAGUCAGCAUGGUUAUGCAAAUGGGGGAAUGGCACCGGGUCGUUGUUCUGCUUGGGUAAAUCCAAAUUGCACUGGGGGUGAUUCUGGUACGGAGCCUUAUUUAGUUACGCACUACCAGUUACUUGCUCAUGCAGCUGCUGUUCGUGUAUACAAGACCAAGUAUCAGGUAUCACAAAAGGGUUUGAUAGGCAUUACCUUAGUAGCUAAUUGGUACCUACCAUUCUCGAAUACCAAAGCUGAUCAAAAGGCGACUGAAAGAGCAAUUGACUUCAUGUUUGGAUGGUUUAUGGAUCCACUAACAUCUGGAGACUAUCCAAAAAUCAUGCGAUCUCUUGUGAGAACACGAUUGCCAAAGUUUACUACAGAGCAAUCUAAACUACUUAUUGGCUCAUUUGAUUUUAUUGGCCUAAAUUACUAUUCUUCAACCUAUGCCUCUGAUGCACCUCAUCUAAGUAAUGCUAGACCUAACUAUGUAACAGAUUCUUUGGUCACCCCUGAAUUUGAGCGUGAUGGGAAACCCAUAGGUAUAAAGAUUGCUUCUGAUUGGUUGUAUGUUUGUCCAAGAGGAAUUCUUGAUCUUCUAUUAUAUACGAAGGAAAAGUAUAAUAAUCCUUUGAUUUACAUUACUGAAAAUGGUAUAAAUGAAUUUAGAGACGAAACAAUAUCAUUAGAGGAAUCUCUUUUAGAUACAUUUAGAAUUGAUUAUCAUUAUCGUCAUCUUUUUUAUCUUCGAUCAGCAAUUAGGCAUGGUGUGAAUGUGAAGGGAUAUUACAUAUGGUCUUUAUUCGACAAUUUUGAGUGGUCUUCCGGUUAUACGGUGCGAUUUGGAAUGAUUUUGGUGGAUUAUAAAAAUAAUUUGAAAAGAUAUCAUAAACUCUCUGCAAUAUGGAUCAAGAAUUUUUUGAAGAAAACUAGCCUUUAUGAUUCUAGCAUAUGAUAUUGUCAAUUAUGAGAUUCAUCAUCCAUUAGAUAGUUAUAUUUGUAAAUAAUAAUUUGUGUAUAUUUUUUUAUUUAUUCCAAUAAGGUCUCAGUGGACCAGAAUGAAAAUUAAAAAUGAAGAUACAAAUUUAUUGAUUUUA